GGUCCAGAGGGGUCCCUGCCCCACCGCACCUCACACCUGCCCCGUCCCCGCCGCUCCCGCCCCGCCCCGGCCCUGGGCGGGGGCACCAGCUCCUGCUCCGCCCCGCCCCGCCCGCCGGACUUUACCUCCCGGCCGGGCCCGCGCCGUUCCGGGCCAUGUGAGCCGCGGGGCCGGGCCGCGGGGCCGCACCGGCUGCGGGAUGGAGCGCAGGAAGGUCUUCGUGGCACUCGACGUGCUCUGCCUGGCGGUCGGUGAGGGCUCCGCACCGGCGCCCCAGCCGCGGGCGGCUCCGGAGCGGCUCCGCGUCCCGCCGGUGCCCUCGGUGGGGCCGCGCCCUGGGCUGGGGCCAGCAUCUCUGCCCUUCAUCAUCCUGACUCUGGUGAACUCACCAUACAAGCGAGGCUUCUACUGCAACGAUGACUCCAUCCGCUACCCCUACAAGGCAGACACCAUCACGCACGGCCUCAUGGCCGGGGUCACCAUCAGCUGCACUGUUAUCAUUAUCUCAUCAGGGGAGGCGUACCUGGUCUACACUGAGCGUCUCUACUCCAAGUCAGAAUUCAACAACUACCUGGCUGCCCUCUACAAGGUGGUUGGGACCUUUCUCUUCGGAGGAGCCAUCAGCCAGUCCCUGACUGACCUGGCCAAAUACAUGAUUGGCCGUCUCCGGCCAAACUUCCUGGCUGUCUGCAAUCCUGACUGGUCCAAGGUGAACUGCUCCAUCUAUGUGCAGCUGGAGAAUGUCUGCCAGGGAGAGAGCAGGAACAUCACCGAGUCCAGACUGUCCUUCUACUCGGGACACUCUUCCUUUGGGAUGUACUGCAUGAUGUUCCUGGCGCUCUACGUGCAGGCCAGGCUGGUGGGGAAGUGGGCCCGGCUGCUGCGUCCCACCAUCCAGUUCUUCCUCAUCGCCUUCGCCAUCUACGUGGGCUACACCCGAGUGUCCGACUACAAGCACCACUGGAGCGACGUGCUGGUGGGGCUGCUGCAGGGGGCUCUCAUUGCCGUCCUCAUUGUCCACUACGUCUCUGACUUCUUCAAGCACCGUCCCCCUCGGCAGUGUGAGGAGAAGGACCCUGAGCGCAAGCCCAGCCUGCCCCUCACCCUGAGCGACCCCGACCACAAUCACUACAGCUACCGGGGUGCCCCGUGACCCCAGACUGCACAGCUGCCCCUGGCCGUGCUCCUGGCUCUGGGGCAGGGACACUGGCUCUGUAUGAACCAUUGGCUCUGGUGCCUCUGGCUGACACAAGUGGGACAGCCCUGCCUGGCUCCCCGUGCCCGUGGUGCUGCUGGUACCCGGUGCUGCCCGUGGGAGGGGGAUGUCCUCACCCCAAGGCUGCUGUCCCAGCCCUCCGUGCGGAGGAAGGGAGGGAGGGAGGGGAGGGUGGCACGUGGGGGUGGAUUUAUUGGGCUGGCAAAGCACACUGAGUGAAGAGCAAACUCCUUGGGAAGUCUGAGAUUGCCUGGGCCGAGUGUGUGUUGUCCCUGUCAAAUUAUCCAGCCAUACAAGUACAAAUCCUCACAGGCACAGAGGGAGGAGGACAGCUGCUGGGCUAGCUAUACUUUUUUGGAAAGGAUUAAAGCAAUCCAGAGCUCUUCUCUGCUCCAUUGAUUACCUUUAAGAGCAGUCCUGCCUGCCAGCAGCUGCUGUGAGCAAAGGGUGCCUGGGCAGGCUCUUCUCUGGCUGUGCCCAAUUCUGCAGUGCUGGGAGCCAGAGCUUUUUGCUCCCUGCCUGCUUCAUGCCUGGCUUGGGCAAAGGGAUGCUCCAGCCUUUGUCCCUCCUGCAGCUUCAGCUGAUGCUUUAGGGUGUGUGGUGGGGCUAGGGAGAUAUUUUCUGUGGUAAAGGAAAAUAAAUGGGGAUGUGGAGCUGUCCAAAUGUCCUGGGAAUGUGGGAGCAAUGGGUACAGAGCAGUCCUAUCACGGACACAUGGCUGCCUCCAGCACUGGAGUGCUGUGGGUCUCUUUUUAAAAUACAUGCAUUUUCAUUAUGAUGUUGUUUUUAAAUUAGAUCAUCCUUAAAGAA